GGCAGACCAUGUUUAGUGACGCCGUGUUCAGCAUUGUCGCUACUAUUGUCGUGGUGACUUGUGAAAUUGGGGAGUCUGAGAUGAACGAAGUGAGUUGCAUUGCUGAUGGUUAAACUGAAUGACUGCUUGUUCUGUCUGUUCUCUGAUUGUUGUUAGUUUUCUUAAUUACUGUUAACUGUAUGUUUCAAUCAUAGCUGCAUGUGAUUAUGCUGUUUAAUGAUGUUCUGAGCGACUUUGCCAUGAGACCCCUCCCCCUCCCCCUCGGAACGAGUUAACGCCCCACUGUUAGCGUCCUCCUGGUUACCUGGUUACCUGGUUACCUGGUUACCUGGUUACCUGGUUACCUGGUUACCUGGUUACCUGCAGGUUACCUCAGUUAGCGUCCUGCUUUAUGGGGGACUACUCUAUCUCACAUGGGUUCAGUGACCCUCUGCGAUGGUGGCCGGUAGACCGCCAGAACAUGUUUACUGAUGCGGUGUUCAGCAUCGCCGCCACCAUUGCUGUUGCUAAUCUGAACCUCAAGACAGAGGUACUUGACACGGAAGAUUUUCUGCUAAAAGACGCGCUGCUUGAUCACAUUCCCAAGUUUGUAGCCUACUUUGCUUGCUUCUUCGUGAUCAGUGCUUAUUGGGGAUGUCACGUGCGACUCUACAACCUUGUUGUCAAUAGCAACGAUGUUUUAACCUGGCUCAACCUGUUGUUACUGUGUGUCCUCUCCUUCCUCCCCCUGACCCUGUCUCUGUGGGCGGACUCUGCCUCCCUCGCAGACUACAUGUCUCACUUCCCCUCUAUAAACCUCGCACUAGCCUGCCUCAUCUUCACUUUUACUAUAUUCUACGUAUUCAGAGACAGAGCUGCUCAUCAUACCCACAUUACCUCUUCUCAAAAAACACGGAGAAGGUUUAUAAUCCUACUGUACGCCUGGUUCCCUACCCUAAUAGGACUGUUCUGUAUCUACAUAUACAAACUAGCAGAGUUCGCGCUCUGUGUCGUGUUCGUCCUUGUCCUGCUCACUGCUGUCGUUAUUACCCGCUUUGAGAGGUGGUAUCUCGGACAUAGGUUACUAGAUAUAGCAGUUCAACAAGUGAACAGUCCUCUGCCAAUGGAACGAAUAGAAGCGUUCAGUGAUGGAGUGUAUGCCAUCUCCAUGACACUCAUGGCAGUUCAAAUUGCGGAGAAGCUGUCAUCGUCUGCAGCGAACGAAAAGUUCCUGGAAAUAUUCGCAAAUUCCUCUGUUGCUUACCUCACCUGUUUCGGUUUGGUUUCCAUCCUGUGGUUCGUUCAUCACCAGCUCUGCCACAAUAUCCAACAGAGUAACCCGCUGAUUCAGACUCUCAACACACUGGCUAUCUCCUUUGUGGGGGGUAUACCUUUCUCAUCAGGUCUCAUCCAGCACUAUGCUAACCCGCACAGCUUCGAUUCAGCUAACUUCCGCAUCAAUGAGGAGGUUUGUGUGCAGUUUCACUGUAUGGUGCUGUUUUUCUCUGGACUCUUCCAGGCACUUAUGUGGGUAGCAGCGAUACAUAUGAGGGUUACAAGUGUAAACUACAGCAGCUACGCGGACGCACUACUAUUCUUCAAAACAAUGGUGGUGCCUUAUGUCAGCUGUAUAUUAUAUCUCUACUCUGUAUUCUACGAACAUUCUAGUUCACUUUUCCUGGCACUCACUUGUGUCACUCCCUUCACCUUUGCUGCGGCGAAUUACUGUCACAGGAAGCGACAGUCACUGACAUCUUUUGCUUCAAGACUAUUCUCACGGUCAGACAGCACUAAUAAUCUCCAGCCCGGAUUGUUAGAAUCCUCCGCAAACUCUGAGAUACACCGAUCUGAUCAUCAUCCUUACAUCAGCUUCUCUCCGUCCAGUCCUUAGAAUCUGAUCAUCAUCCUUACAUCAGCUUCUCUCCGUCCAGUCCUUAGAAUCUGAUCAUCAUCCUUACAUCAGCUUCUCUCCGUCCAGUCCUUAGAAUCUGAUCAUCAUCCUUACAUCAGCUUCUCUCCGUCCAGUCCUUAGAAUCUGAUCAUCAUCCUUACAUCAGCUUCUCUCCGUCCAGUCCUUAGAAUCUGAUCAUCAUCCUUACAUCAGCUUCUCUCCGUCCAGUCCUUAGAAUCUGAUCAUCAUCCUUACAUCAGCUUCUCUCCGUCCAGUCCUUAGAAUCUGAUCAUCAUCCUUACAUCAGCUUCUCUCCGUCCAGUCCUUAGAAUCUGAUCAUCAUCCUUACAUCAGCUUCUCUCCGUCCAGUCCUUAGAAUCUGAUCAUCAUCCUUACAUCAGCUUCUCUCCGUCCAGUCCUUAGAAUCUGAUCAUCAUCCUUACAUCAGCUUCUCUCCGUCCAGUCCUUAGAAUCUGAUCAUCAUCCUUACAUCAGCUUCUCUCCGUCCAGUCCUUAGAAUCUGAUCAUCAUCCUUACAUCAGCUUCUCUCCGUCCAGUCCUUAGAAUCUGAUCAUCAUCCUUACAUCAGCUUCUCUCCGUCCAGUCCUUAGAAUCUGAUCAUCAUCCUUACAUCAGCUUCUCUCCGUCCAGUCCUUAGAAUCUGAUCAUCAUCCUUACAUCAGCUUCUCUCCGUCCAGUCCUUAGAAUCUGAUCAUCAUCCUUACAUCAGCUUCUCUCCGUCCAGUCCUUAGAAUCUGAUCAUCAUCCUUACAUCAGCUUCUCUCCGUCCAGUCCUUAGAAUCUGAUCAUCAUCCUUACAUCAGCUUCUCUCCGUCCAGUCCUUAGAAUCUGAUCAUCAUCCUUACAUCAGCUUCUCUCCGUCCAGUCCUUAGAAUCUGAUCAUCAUCCUUACAUCAGCUUCUCUCCGUCCAGUCCUUAGAAUCUGAUCAUCAUCCUUACAUCAGCUUCUCUCCGUCCAGUCCUUAGAAUCUGAUCAUCAUCCUUACAUCAGCUUCUCUCCGUCCAGUCCUUAGAAUCUGAUCAUCAUCCUUACAUCAGCUUCUCUCCGUCCAGUCCUUAGAAUCUGAUCAUCAUCCUUACAUCAGCUUCUCUCCGUCCAGUCCUUAGAAUCUGAUCAUCAUCCUUACAUCAGCUUCUCUC